UAGAAGUUGUGUUUAUCCCUUCUCCUCUCUCAGUCAGGUGAGCUGCCCUUACUCAGAGCUGAACCUGAACAAAGACAGUUUGCUGCCGGAUCGCCUCAGUGGCGAGCGACCCGUAACCCUGAGUGGCCCCCUGCCCCGAGGACGACGCCCUGAUGCCCCAAACGCACAGCCUUCCUCUGCCUACGAGACGCUGGAAGGAGCUGACGACUCCCACAACAGGAAACCAGUGAUGGAAGUAGAGCGCGGUGGACGUACUGGCCACCCGGAGCCAGCAGGGGGAGCCAGUGAGCAGAACCAUGCUACAUCCAGACCUAAACGGUCUGCCCCACCUCCAAAAUACCUAAAGAUGCACUAUGUCAAAGAGGAGAUUGGUGAUGGCAAAGCUUCUCCAGAGGAAAUCUCCUUCCAGCAGGCGCUCCAUGAGUCUGUGUUUUCCCCAGGCAUCUCCGCCUCUCCCCCUCACCGAGUGGCCCUCUGCUGGGACAAACACUGCCAGCUGCUGCCCGAGGUCCUGGGGCUCACUGCCAAGAGAGUCGCCACUUGGAGCGCAGAGGAGGUGUCUGGUUUUGUGAAAGGAUUGCCUGGAUGUAAAGAACAUGCUGCUACAUUUAAAACAGAGCAAAUCGACGGUGAGGCCUUUCUGCUGCUCACACAAAGUGAUAUAGUCAAGAUCCUGUCAAUCAAACUGGGUCCCGCCCUCAAGAUCUACAACUCCAUCCUGAUGCUGAAGAACGCAGACGAGGAGUAGAGACCCAGCUCUGGGCUCUAGUGACUCAAAUCUAGACUUUUAAUACAAAGAGACUUUAGUUGUUUUUUUUCUGCCCUCACCAACGUGUUGAGAGCUACAAGUGGAAGCCAUUUUCCUCCCCUCUCCUCUUCUCCAUGACGGACAGCGCGGCUAACCCGAGGAAGUGGAUAACAGAAGAAUACCUGCAUUGUGUAUGUUUACGUAACCAUACCCCUAUAUGCACCUUUUAAUAAUAUUUCUGAACAUUG